CUCCAAGUUAGCACCACAAGUAGUGUAGCAGGCUCCACCGCCACACGUAGCCGCGCUCUGCGAAUUAACGCACGUCGAACGAAAACCAAAUACCGUGUGAUUCGUGAAACGUUUCAAAAUUUUUACUAAACUUUAAAUACACACUAGUAAUUACUUACCUCUGUGAUCGUGGGACAAUGUCUGAAGUGUUGUGAAACUUGUUUGACGAGGUGUAUUCCAGACCUGAGAAAAGUGUCAAAAGUAUGUGGUUGUGCGCCAUCGAGGACAUCCUACAUAACAGCACGCGCACGCUCCGGAAGGUAGACAAGUUCAACACCUGUCUGCGGUAGUCCACCGGUAGACAGUCGACAUGGAAGGACGAUUCACUGUUUCAUCUGUGGAGUCGGAGCAGAAGAAAAAUGGCAUUCACAUGGGUGCCAGCAUUAUCAGCCGACCUCUGAGGACGUCCGCGGAGACUGCGGAGCGGGGGGCGGGGGGCAACCAGCCCGACACGUGGCUACACGAUGCUGGCUGGAGGAGGAAGCGGUCUUUGGCCCAGUUGACCAGGGAAGCCCUGCCCAGGAUGGAGAACUAUAGGAACUCUAAGAGGGCGUUGAAAAGACCCAGUCUUGGCGAGUUGCAUGGAGAUCAUCUCAUCACGGAAGAGGACGAGAAAUUCCAAAGAGACACCAAAUCACCAACGCCACCACAAGGAAUCAAAUUAGGAUGGAUACAAGGCGUGCUGAUACCAUGCCUGCUGAACAUCUGGGGCGUGAUGCUGUUCCUGCGGAUCUCGUGGGUGGUGGCUCAGGCCGGCAUCGGGCUGUCACUCCUCAUCAUCGCCAUUUCGGCCGUGGUCUGCGUCAUCACCACGCUCUCUAUGAGCGCUAUUUGCACCAAUGGAGAGGUCAAAGGAGGUGGCAUCUACUACAUAAUAUCAAGAUCCCUCGGCCCCGAAUUCGGCGCGUCAGUGGGCAUCAUCUUCGCGUUCGCGAACGCAGUCGCCGCGAGCAUGAACACUAUAGGCUUCUGCGACUCGCUCAACGAUCUGCUUAAGAGUCAGGGGCUAAAGAUCAUUGACGGAGGAGUCAAUGACGUGCGGUUGGUGGGUGCUGUGGCUCUGGUGGUCAUGUGCGUCAUCUGCGCGGUGGGCAUGGACUGGGAGAGCAAGGCGCAGAACUUCUUGAUCGCGAUCAUCGUGGGUGCCAUGGCGGACUUUAUAGUAGGCACCAUCAUGGGCCCCAAGACCGACGAAGAGAUAGCUCAAGGUUUCGUAGGAGUUAGCAGUUCCGUAUUCGAGAGUAAUUUCUACGAAGACUUCAAGUUCAGCGAGCAACAAGACCAAAAUUUCUUUAGCGUAUUCGCCAUCUUCUUCCCAUCCGUCACGGGCAUCCAGGCUGGGGCUAAUAUUUCUGGAGAUCUUAAGGACCCUGCAUCAGCGAUACCCAAAGGCACACUAUUAUCGCUACUCAUCUCGAUGGUGAGCUACGCUCUGAUGGUGUUUAUGUCUGGGGGUGGAGCUCUGAGGAACGCUAAUGGGAACCUGACCCUCGUCGUCAACGGGACCUAUGACGUCAACCAGAUCAGCGACUGUCUCAGCGCUGACUGCAAGUACGGACUGCAUAACAGCUACUCGGUUAUGCAACUGAUGUCAGCCUGGGGCCCGCUGAUCUACGGCGGCUGCUGGGCCGCCACGCUAUCUACAGCCCUAACUAACCUGCUGUCGGUGCCCCGGCUGAUCCAAGCUCUCGGCAUCGACCGCAUCUAUCCUGGUCUCAUAUUCUUCUCCAAGCCUUACGGCAGGCACGGCGAACCAUAUAGAGGAUAUGUCUUAACUUUUCUAGUUUCACUUGCAUUUCUUUUAAUUGCUGACUUAAAUACAAUUGCGCCUCUCAUCUCAAACUUUUAUCUGACUUCGUAUGCGCUCAUCAAUUUCUGUACAUUCCACGCGGCCCUCGUCAGACCACUUGGUUGGAGACCGACAUUCAGGUAUUACAACGUGUGGCUAUCCCUUGCUGGGUUCCUGAUGUGCGUCGCCAUCAUGCUGCUGAUCAGCUGGAAGAUGUCGCUCGUCACAUUCGCCAUCUUCUUCACUCUCUACCUCAUCGUGCAUUACCGCAAGCCCGAUGUAAACUGGGGCAGCAGCACGCAAGCCCAGAUGUACAAGACUGCGCUCUCCAGCGCUCACAACUUGGCUCGCACCGGAGAGCACGUCAAGAAUUACUGGCCACAACUGCUGGUGUUGGCUGGCACUCCGCAGACGAGGCCGGCGUUGGUGGAUCUCGGCAACCUCAUCACCAAGGCCGGCUCGCUCAUGAUCGUCGGGGAUAUUUCAGACAGGAAACUGACAUAUAAAGAGAGGGCAGCUCGAGCUCGUUCAAGCGACGAGUGGCUGCGCGGGCGCAAAGUCCGAGCGUUCUAUAGCAGCGUUCACGGCUUCAGCUUCGAGCUGGGUGCACGAGCGCUCAUGCAAGCCGGAGGCGUGGGUAAACUGACGCCCAACGUGUUACUUAUGGGCUACAAAGCCGAUUGGACCACGGCGGCCCCAGAGGAACUCGUGGCUUACUUCAAUGUGCUCCACACGGCGUUUGACCACCGGUUAGCGGUGGCUAUCUUACGUACACCUGGAGGUCUGGACCAUGGCACGGCGGUAGCGGAGGACGCCGCUCCCAGCGCUGGCCUGACAGCCACCAGCUGCGGCAGCGCAGAGUUGGGCGUGCGGCGGGGAGCCAACAUCAUGCAUGCUGACUCCGACCUCGAUAUAAGAUCGCCUGACUCUCGGCCAAGCAGUGGCGCUAACCUCCAAAGUUUAGCUAACAUGACAACGUCUCGUUCCUUCACGAUAUCAGAAAAAGAUACCAAAGAUAAGAAGAAAGACAGGAAUUUAAUGGACUUCAAGAGACAGAUAAUUUAUAAGGCUGCGAACGGAACUGAAAUAACCAAAGACCAACUUACUCAAAUGAGCAUAUUCCAGAAAAAGCAGGAGUGUGGAACAUUAGACGUGUGGUGGCUGUACGACGACGGUGGUCUGACCAUCCUGCUGCCCUACAUCCUGUCGCAGCGGUCGUCGUGGUCCAAUUGCAAGCUGAGGAUCUUCGCGCUGGCCAAUAGAAAGCACGAGAUGGAACUAGAGGAGAGGAAUAUGGCGACACUUCUAUCGAAAUUCCGGAUCGACUAUUCGUCGCUGACCAUGGUGCAGGACAUCAACGAGGCGCCGCAAGAAGACACCAAGAAACUCUUUGACGAGACCAUACAGAAGUUCACCGGAGAUAAUGCCAAUGAAGAGUGGUGCAUCAACGAGACCGAGCUGCUGACGCUGUCGGGGAAGACCAACCGGCAGCUGCGGCUGCGCGAACUGCUGCUCACCAACUCCAAGGAGGCGCGGCUCGUCGUCAUGUCUCUGCCCAUGCCCAGGAAGGGCUCGGUGUCAGCUCCCCUGUACAUGGCGUGGCUGGAGAUGCUGAGUCGCGACCUACCGCCUGUACUCUUCGUCAGGGGAAACCACACCUCCGUGCUUACAUUCUACUCUUAAACUACGGUCACUUCUUACGCUCUUUCUUUCUCAUAAUCUUGUCAGUCAUAAAGCAUAGAGGCUCAAGCGAGCAUAGAGUCCAAUUUUCUUCUUUAUUUCGCUGAGUGUUCAAGUUAACUACUUUAUUAGAAAUGGCACUUCAAAAAUAUCCUCAACUACAUGUGAUGUCCUAUGUAAAGUCAUUCUUCUGUGCAAUAAAUGUCUCUGUAAGUAGGUAAUUAUUUAUUCUAUCUGUAUCAAUAAAUAGUAAUGCAAUUUAUCGUAAGUUGAAUACUUAAUUAAUGUAACAAAACCACGACACGUAAUCUAAGUAAGUAAAUUAUUUGUAAAACACCAGCCAAUUUUUCAGUUUUCACAGCAGGCACUGUGGCAGGCAUGUUUAGAUGACAAAAUAGGGAUAUACCAAAAAAUUAUAAAUCUGUGUUCAUUUUCACAAUCAAUUCAGUUAAGUGGAAGUUAUUUUACUCAUUUCAAGUAUUGUGAUAACUUGGAUGGUGUUUAAAAAUAAACCCUGUGUAUUUACAUAGAUGUAUUGCAAAUUAAUAUUAAUAUAAGAAAAUUAUUUCUGAUACAAAGAAGCUCUCAUAAAUAUUUAUCAGAUAUAUGGAAGCUAUUUUUGUAUGAAAAUUAGUAAAUCAUACGUAAACAAAUCAUUGUGAUCAUAGAUUUAAUUUCAUUAUAUUUUAAGAUCAAUUUUAAUAAUAUUUAUAGGUACCUAGUUAAGUAAUUAAAUUAUAAAUAUGAAUUCUGUAAGCGGUUUUGAUAUCGUGCGAAUUUUUUAAAUCUAAAAUGGAAAUCCAACCCUUCGUACAAAUUAGAAGAAUUUUCAAGUCGAACCAGUUAGCGCGUUCAAUUCUUCGGUUUUUUAAUGUAUAAAUUUCUGGAAAAUAUUUGAACACAAAACUAUAAAAGGGUUCUUGUAUUAGGUACUAGUACUACAUUCUCAAGUUUUGGUUUGGUUUUUUAAUUUAUUUUCCUAACGCAUUAUAUACGUAUUAUUUAAAAAGGUGCAUAUUUAUUAUUUUGGAGAAAGUCUACAACCCAUACCAAAUAUAAAACCAAUCAUAAUUUAAAAGUUGAUUUUACGGAAACCUCAGUGUGUUAGUGCGAAGCUCGCCCUUGAAUUAUACUGUUAGUUUCUCAGGGUAGUUCAUAUUCAUAGGAAUCAUAUUUGUCAUGUGCCAUUUAAUAAUGAGUAGGAAUAUUACCUUAUAUUUUCUUUUUUGUUGAUCUGUGAUAUAAGCAUAAAAACAUUUAUACACUAGUAUAA